UGACCUUUUGCCCCCUUUUUAAAACCCCCCACUUUCUCUCUCUAAAGCCUCAAUCAAUCAGCCAUUUCGUUCUUCCUCAGGCUUAAAUCACCACCCACCGCUCACUUCAUUCCGGCAAUAAACAUCGCCGGCGGCGGCAUUACAGCACCCACGACGACGGGCGUUCCUCCGGCGACGAGUAGCAACGGUGCAGCACCUUUGUUGAGUAACCCUCCACGCGGAUUCGGCGAACUCGAUCCCACAGCGACCCACUCAACUCUGGUGUUCCAGCAGUUCAAGACAAACAGCAAACCGAGCGUACAGACCCAGCGACGCACAAGUUUCUUCAAUUUGCCAACUGGGUUGUGGGAGAUCUUCGAUUAAGAGCUUUCGAGUUGGGGGAAGACUGCUUGGACUUUGCCAAUUUGGGGAUUAGAAGCUAAAAGAAACUAACCCAGUUCGUGAUUUUGCUUUGAUUUCACUCCUUUUUCUUUUGGUUUGUGCACUAAGUCUUAUCAUGGACUCCCCUCAAUCUGUUGUUUCUCCAUUGAAGAACUCUCCCAUUGCUGAGACUGAGAAGCAGAAACCCAAUAUCUUUGCUCCGAUCUCUGUUUCUCCAACAAAGGGAAUUGAGGUCAACCGAAAAGAAGUGGUGAUGCAUAACUUGGAGGAAGUUAUUGGUGCACUUGACGUAUGCAUUCAUCAGGCUAGAGACAUUCAUAAUAUCUGCAUAUACCAUAAGCAGGAUGUUUAUGCUAAACUUUGUCUGACUACUGAUCCUGAAGAUUCUCUCUCCACCAAAAUCAUUAAUGGAGCUGGGAGGAACCCAGUCUUCAAUGAGAAUCUUCGUUUCAAUGUUCAGAGUGUCGAUGCCUCCCUUAAAUGUGAGAUUUGGAUGUUGAGCAGAGUGAGGAAUUAUCUGGAAGACCAGCUGUUGGGGUUUACCUUGGUACCAUUGACUGAAGUUCUUGUUAAGGAUGGCAAAUUAGAGAAAGAGUUCUCUCUUUCUUCUACCGAUUUGUUCCAUUCUCCUGCUGGAUUUGUUCAACUAUCUCUUGCCUACAAUGGAACCUCGCCUGAUGUGAUGGCUGUUCCUAAAGCUGUCUUGGAAUCAUCAAAUGCAGCAUUGAAGGAUUCUGAAAUAUCUGAGUCACUAGCUAGUGAUUUGGAUAAAAUAGAGUUUCCAGAUCCUAAGAUUGUAAAUGAAGAUGAGAUGAUGGUGUCCGAGUAUUUCUGCAUCCCAGGCUCUAAUCCGGAGUCUGAGGACUCUGAGAGCCUAGCUACUUCUGGUACAGAAGAUCAUCUGAGUUCAGAAAUAGGUGCUCGUAUUGUGGAAAGCUUCUCAACAGCUUCUAUUGAGUCUGUCCAGCUUUCAAAGCUCGAUUCUCCACCUAGCAGCUUGUCAACUAAUGGAGCAUCCUCGCCUCCUGGACCAACAAGCUCAGAAUCAUCCGAUGCUUCAGAAGCUUCAAAGCCUCGAACUCAGGAACCGAUUGAAGAGGAGAAGCGUGUGGACGUUAAGAAUGGCAAGGAUGAUUCCUCUGCUGAGGCACCAAGUGAUACAUUCUCAAAGCCUGUUAUCACUGUGAACAUAGAGCCAGAACAAAAUGUAGUGCAGCAGGACAUUGUUGAUAUGUAUAUGAAAAGCAUGCAGCAAUUUACGGAGUCAUUAGCAAAGAUGAAACUUCCUCUGGACGUUGAUAAUGAACCAACCAGUUCAGGAAAUUCAAGCUCUGAUCAGAAAACACCGUCCUCGACGAACGGCAAUGCACGAGUGUUCUAUGGAAGCAGAGCUUUCUUCUAAACUGUGGUUUCUACAUUUCAGACAAAGACACACACAAAUAACUCUAGAACUAUAGGUCGAAUGUUACUAUCAAUAGUGGAAUGUAAUAAUGUAUCUUUGUAGAGUGGUGUUUCCCGUUGUAUGUUGGUUUGUCAUGUACGAUAGUAAAUCAUGGCUUCUACACCUUACAAACUUUGUUCUAUCAUGAUCAUGAGUGUAACCAUGAAUGAAUUAUUAUC